AUGGUAUUGUUUGCAACCCAUUUUCUGGCGUUCCUUUUCCUUUUCCCAGUCAGCAUUCGCCGUCUUAUAUUCUCACUGUCACUGUAUCUCCAAAACCCAUCUCAAUUUACAUCAAAAGCAUGGUAUUUUUCAGGACCCAAGUGGAAAAAUGGGGACCUGUACGCUCUUCUUUUAGCCCUCCCAAUUGCCUCAUUUUCCCACAUUUAUUUAUUUUUUGCAAUUUCAGGCCACCCCAAUUACAGAUUCUCAUUCUUGGCACAAUCUUUGUUGAUCUUCAUCUUCUGGGCCCUCUUAGUUCUUAUAAGUUUGAAAGAAAGUUUGGAUCUUUAUGUAAUUCCUGAGAGUUUUGUGUUUAUACUUUGUGGCAUUGCUUUUGUGAUUGAGUAUUACAUGAACGGGCAAGGGAUUUUGGGACUUGGUGGAGUUGCUUAUGAGCUUUUAGGUGGAUUAGCACUUGUUUGUGCUGCUUGUUGCUUGUAUUUGUCCAUCAGCCCAUCGGCAUUUUUCGCUGAUUUUUUGCUGUCGUCUGGGCUUGUUCUGAAGGCUGUUUGGGUUCUGCAAGUGGGAAUGUCUUUGUAUACUGAUGCAUUUAGUCUAAAAGGGUGUGAGAAGAUGGCAGUGAGUCGGGGAAAUAGGGAGAUUGAUGUUAAGUGUGAGCUUGAAGAGGACAAGUUGAGGGGUGUGGCAUUGACAAAUUUGCUGUUCGUUGUGCAUACCGCACUGGUUUUGUUCAUGAGCUUCUCAUUGCUUGGAUUGUUGCAUCGACAUAGGAGUAACAGGUCUCGGGAGGUAACUGGACCAUUGCUAUCUCAGAUUGGAUCAUCAGAGGGUAUUGUGAUGAAUCCACUCCCUAUAUUUGAGAUAGAAUGA